AUGCAAAUUGAACAUUUGAAGGAGACUAUUUCGAAACAACAAGAUGAAAUACAUCAAACCGAAAAGGAGGUCCAGCAAGCCCACCAAGAGACUCAAAAGUACCAAGCUCAAGCCAAGACCAGCCAAAACAAACACGAAGCCUUGGCCAUGCAAUUGCACAAUUUACAAGUCGUCGUCCAAGAAACCAAAAAGUCUUCACAGCUACUCCUAGAUCAACAAGACGAGUUGACGCACAUGGCUCGAUCCAUGGAAGAACAGUACUUUCAAACUCAAGCUACCAAUAUGCAACAGCAACGCCAGCACUCCCACUUACAACAAGAACACCAAGCAUUGUUGCAAGACAAGGAAAAGUUGCAAAACCGAGUCAAACAUCUCCAAAAUGAUCUAAAGGCCAAGGAACGACAAAUUCAGCAACAUUGGCAGCAGUCCGUCAAGACGCUGGAACAAAAACAAGUCUGGAAUGUCCAGCGAAUUGAAGCACUCGAAGAUGAACUACAAGAGUCUAAAACCUUGACCUUGCAAGCAUUGACGACUACUCAAAAGUCGGAAGCCACUUCACAGCAACUCCAAACAGAACUUGCUACUUUGCAAUCUACCCUAGACGAAUGUCAACAAGAGUACAAGUCCCAACAAGAGCAGCUCCAAGCUCAACUCGACGAGAGUCGUCAAAAGUGUCAAUCCAAAGAGCAUUCCAAUCAAAAGCUGGUGGCUCAAAUGAAGCAAGUCCAGCAUCAAGGUCAAGAUUUUCGAUUGGAACUCCAAGCCAUGGAACAGAUCUUGAAAGAACAGCACAAGCGCCGCAACAAGGGAGGCAGCACUACCAGCAUUAUUUCUCCAGCAACCAAUUCGAAUACCACCACCAACCAACAACAAGUAUUGUGUGCUGAAAAGUGUCGUGCCUGCCAAUUGCCCUAUGCCCUUGGAUUGCCCCAACAUUAUGCUACGAUUAGUAGCCCCACCAAUCAUCAUCCCAAUGCUGCCAAGACAAAUACCAAGACCAUUACUCCCACAACUGCUGCUCUCACCAAGGCCGCCACUUUUCGCCUGGUCCAAUCAACAUCGGCUACAACAACAACUACUACUAGUCCAUUAUACGUGUGUCUUCAUUGUGUCCAAGCCAUUGCCCAGCCCAUUCUUGCCAGCACUAGCAGCAAAAGGAAGAAUGGCGGAAAGUCCAGCAGUCGUGGUCGCAAGCGUCGAUCAGCGCCAGGAGAAAAGAUAGAUUGUAUGAAAAAGGCGGUCCCAGUUGGUUCUGGCAUCGGCAACAGUGACAAACAAGCUGUGGGUCCCAUACCGGGUGGUGAUGAUGGAACAAACAAUAGUCGCAAGAAGCACUGUUUUAUGACGGAGGCAGCAGAAUCAAUGGUUUCGUCAACUACUACCGGUACUGGUACUGAUGCUGCCAAGGUAGCCACUAAUGGUCAGGAAGCUUCUCUUCAUCUUUCGCCCAAGACUCGGCUUACCUCAGCUGUGGCGCGAAUGGUGGGGCCACCUUCGAGUAACCAAGUAAUAUCGAAAUGA